GCGUUCAAUGUCAAGCCGGCGAAAUCUCUGUAUUUGCGUUGUUUACGUUCGGCAGGUCGCUUUAUUUUGUUUCAUAAUCCUCCACAAAAAUGGCCCGGCAACUGACCAAACUCGGAUAUCUGGAUGUGAAGAAAACAUUAUUCAUGCUAUGUGACCUGCAAGACAAGUUCCGCCCGGGCAUGAAGAUGUUCGAUCCGGUGGUUAAAAACACUGCCAAAUUGCUGCAAGCAGGCAAGAUUCUAGACGUACCGCUGAUCGUUACCGAACAUUAUCCCGAAAAGCUGGGUCGCAUCGUGAAAGACUUGGACAUUUCGCACGCCAAGGGAGUGUAUCCUAAAACGCUGUUCAGCAUGAUGAUACCGGAUGUGCAGCGCAAGAUUGAAGAACUGUAUGGACCGCAAGGCCCCGAAACGGUGGUACUGUUCGGGCUGGAAUCGCACAUCUGUCUCGAGCAGACUGCAAUGGAUCUGCUGAACAAGGGUUACACGGUACAUGUGGCCGCUGACUGUUCGGUUUCGCGCACCCAGGAGGACCGUAAAUUUGCUCUCGAGCGUCUCAAGCAGUACGGGUGUUUCGUGACGACGAGUGAAAACGUUAUCUUCAAGUUGAUGCGUGACAAGCAACAUCCCGCCUUCGAUAAGGUGCGCCAUUUGGUUCGCGACCCAUCGGUUGAUACGGAGCUGGCUAAACUGUAAUGUGACUUGCAGUGAAAUCAAAAAACGAAUGUCGUAUCGUGAAGCCAUGCUUCCUAGAAAUUGAUUUUAUGGUUGAAAGUGUUAAAAGAAUUUUAAAUUCAUUACAUGUUACUCGGGACUUUACAAACGGAUGCAUUUAAAAUGUGAAAACGCACGUGCAUAUCGUAUACAUGCAAACUAUAAGUAAAUGGUAUUGAAACGCA